AUGCUCUAUCAUUCAUGGAGAAAACCUUUAUGCAACAGAGGUAAUUUCUUCCCUUUAAUCCAACUGUUUGCUGCUUUAUCGCAUGGCCAUGUAGCUAUAUUUCAUUCGUGCGCUUCUAUUCCCUCUAAAUAUCCUUCGUUUCGCAAAAAGCCAUCGGUUUCUAAGAAGCGUAAAGUUGUAAUUUUUAGGGAAUUCAGAGAUGUGAAUAAUUUAAACGAUGCUGUUUGUGUUUUUCAUCAAUUGGUCCGUAAAGAACCAGUUCCUUCUGUUGUAGAGUUCGCAAAAUUGUUAAGGGUGAUGAUUAAUAUGAAAGAAUAUGCUGUUGUUGUUUCGUUUUUCGAAGAGAUGAGGAAGUUAGGGAUUCCCUUUGAUGAUUAUAUCUUGACUAUUGUGAUUAAUUCUUUUUGCUUGCUGGGUUGUGCUGAAAAUGGGUUUUCGGUAUUGGGUGUUUUUUUCAAGAGUGGUGUUCAGUUUAAUGUGGUUACUUUCAGUACUCUUAUGAGGGGACUUUUUGAACAAAAUAAGAUUCAGGAUGCUAUGUGGUUGUUUAGGAAGCUGGUGAAAGAGAAAAUUUGUAAGAUGGAUGAAAUUAUGUUUGGUACAGUCAUGAAUGGGCUUUGUAAACAAGGGCAUACUCAAACAGCUCUUAGUUUGUUGAGGAUAAUGGAGCAAGGGGAUGCCAAACCUAACACAGUUGUGUAUAGUAUUGUUGUAGAUGCGCUUUGUAAAGACCAAAUGAUAGGUGCUGCUUUCAAUCUUUUCAAUGAAAUGAAGCGAAAAGGGAUUACUCCGAAUGUACUUACGUAUAGUUCACUGGUUGAUGGUUUCUGUAAGUUUGAUCAGUGGGAAAAAGUUAGGAUGCUUUUGGAUGAGAUGAUGUAUCUUAAUAUUUUCCCGAACGUGCACACGUUUAGCAUGUUGGUAGAUGCAUUUUGUAAAAAAGGGAUGGUUGAAGAUGCUGUGGAAGUGUUAAAGAUAAUGGUCCAAAAAGGUGAACAUCCCGAUGUGGUUACCUUUAACACUAUAAUGGAAGGGUAUUGUUUGCGCGAUGAAAUAGAUGUAGCAAGGAGAGUUUUAGACUCUAUGAUUGAUGUUGGUGUCAAGCCUGACAUCUUUAGUUACAAUAUAUUAGUCAAUGGAUAUUGCAAGCAGAAGAAAUUAGAUGAGGCCAUGCAUUUAUAUUGUGAAAUCUCGCAAAAGGGGUUGAAACCUGACAUUGUUACGUAUUCGACUAUCUUGCAAGGCCUUUUUGAAGUUGGUAGAGUUGAGUGUUCUGAAAAUUUCUUUACUGAGAUGCAAAAUGCAGGCCAUAGUCCUGACAUUUACACUUGUGGCAUUAUGCUUCAUGGUUAUUUAAAAAAUGGACAUGUAGAAAAAGCAAUGUCCCUCUUUCACAGGUGGGAAAAACAAAAAGAAGAUACUUAUAUUUUGAUCUACAAUACAGGCAAUGAUGGGUUUUUUAAAAUUCAAAAGCUUGAUAGAGCUCGCUCUAUUUUUGAUAAGCUUUAUUCCGUAGGGUUGCAUCCUGAUGUUAUAAGAUACAAUGUAACAGUAAAUGGACUUUGUAUUGAAGGUUUAGUAGAUGAAGCCAAAGAGUUGCUAAGAAAAAUGGAGGACAAUGGGUGCUUACUGGACAAUGCCACUUCCAAUCUUAUUGUGCAUGGAUUUCUCAAGAGUAAUAAAACUAAUGAAGCAAUGACCCUUUUGAAGGAAAUCAUCCAGAGAGGUUUUCCAGCUGAUAAAGUCACUAUGUCAUUGCUAAUAGAACUACUCUUGUUAAUAGGGGAAGGUCCUUUUUUGCUUAAUAUGAUACCAAAACUUCAUCUAAGAAAUGAGAAAUGAAGCUCCUUUUCCUCUCACUAUUGAACUACUUGAGAGCUUGACUACAAUUGGGAAAACCAAAUGAUGAUAGCACUCGAAGUUUAGUUAGCU